AUGACUGAUUACAUUGAAAACGGCCACGCCGGAAAGGUCCCCAAAGAAGAGUUGGAAGUAAAGGACAGACCAUUGUGGUACCUACUCCAUCAUCCUGUUACACAUCCUUUAAAGCCCGACAAAGUGAGAGUGGCUUGUGAUUGUGCAGCAAAGUUCGGACAGACAUCUUUAAAUCAUCAGGUACUGCAGGGCCCGGAUCAAACGAAUCAACUUGUGGGUGUCUUAAGUCGGUUUGGACAAGAAACUGUUGGAUUAGAAGCAAUGUUUCAUCAGGUUUUGGUGGACCCAAAGGAUUGUGACACUCUAAGAUUUUUAUGGUGGCCAAAUGGAAACCUGACAAAAGAGAUGGAAAAGUAUCGAGUGGUGAAACAUUUGUUUGGAGCAACGUCUUCACUUAGUGUUGCUAAUUUCUGCCUGAGGAAGACAGCCCAGUUGUAUCAGGAGCAUUUCGAUGCAGAAGUGGUGGAGACAGUGAAGCGCAACAUAUAUGUAGAUGACAUGAUGAAGUCGACAGGCACCACAGAGAAGGCUGUCGGUUUAGCCAGUCAGUUGCGCAAAUUGCUAGAGAAAGGUGGAUUCCGUUUGACAAAGUGGUACAGUAAUGACAGAGAGUUGCUCGCGACCAUUCCAGAGAGUGCACUUGGCCUCAAGUGGAACACAGAGGAGGACAAGUUUGUGUGGGAGGUCUUGGAGAGGAUACUGCAUUCAGUAAACCAGAAACCAAUGACACGCAGAGGUAUAGUGUCAGCUGUUUAUUCCCUCUUUGAUCCGUUGGGAUUCAUCGCUCCAUAUGUCAUGAAGGCAAAGUUGCUCUUGCAGACACUCAGUAGAAAGAGGUUAGGCUGGGAUGAUCCUCUGGAUGAAGCAGACAAAGGACAGUGGAAGCGCUGGCUAGACGAUCUGCCAAAACUGCAAGAAAUACAAGUAGACCGUUGUUUCAAGCCAAAGGAAUUCGGUGAAGUUAAAGAAGUACAGUUACACCUCUUCUCAGAUGCUUCUCGUCAAGGAUAUGCAGUCGUUGCAUACCUCCGUUUAAAAGAUGUGACCGACGGAACUCACUGUGCAUUUGUGAUGGGGAAGGCAAGAUUGGCUCCUGUACGGGAAAUUUCAAUUCCAAGAUUGGAACUUACAGCCGCUGUUAUCUCGGUAAAGCUCUUCAAGAUUAUUCGAGAAGAACUUGACAUGACAAUAGACCAAGUUUGCUACUGGACUGACUCGACAUCCGUGCUGAAGUGCAUCAACAACGAAUCAAGGCGAUUCCAUACGUUAGAGUCUAAUCGUCUGACAGUGAUACACAAUGGCUCUAAACCCUCUGAGUGGGAGUACGUAAACCGAGAUGACAACCCUGCUGAUGACGGUUGA